AGUCUUCUGUGAAGACACCUUAGAUGCAUUUGAAAACAGGGCUUAACCCAGUUUUAUAGCAUUCCCUCCUGUUUUGAAGUGAAAUGGCAUCUGUUUAUACAACUUUGGCAAUUAUAGGAAUGUUUUUUAUUUCUCCUGUUUUAGUACCAGCACUGUUUUGGGGAGUUGUAUUAUAUGAUUUUUUCAAAACAGAAUUGCCACCUGGAAUUGAGCAACCUCUAAAGCUUCGUGUUUUCCACUCCUUGAUGAUCACGACCAUGGUCGCGGGAAAGAUUUUGGAGAAGCUGGGGAUCUGCAAUGAUUUAACCAUACUGCGAGCAGCGGUCAAUGGGAUUCCUCCAUGGAGAGAUUCCAAACUGCUUAUCAAAGAUCUCACAGUAGAUGAGGUACCCUUGAGGAUUUAUCAGCCCAAAAGCCCACCCACUGGCAAAAGAAGAGGAAUUCUCUAUUUUCAUGGAGGCGCUGGCACAUUUGGGAGCAUUAGAGCCUUUGAAAGAGUAUGCCGCUAUAUGGCCAAAAAAUGCAACUCAGUGGUUGUGUCUGUUGGGUACCGUCUGUCUCCUGAACAUCCCUACCCAGGGCAGUAUUUUGACUGUCUCAAUGCCACCUUAUACUUCAUGAGGAAUUUGGAAGAGUAUCACGUGGAUCCUGGUCUCAUCAUCCUCAGUGGUGACAGCUGUGGGGCUAAUUUUGCCACAGUUAUUUGCCAAAUACUGCUGAAUGACAGAGAUCUGCCAAAAGUACGUGCUCAGGUCCUGCUUUACCCAGGACUCCAGGGGCUGGAUUUCCACUUGCCCUCCUACCAGCAGAACGCUUUUGUCCCCAUAUUGUCCCGGAAGAUGAUCAUCUACUUCUGUUUUCGUUACCUUAACAAAAAACCCACAUUUUGGAAAGAGGUUCUACAAAACAGCCAUGUUCCUGAUAGUAUGAGACACCAGUAUAAGAAAUGGGUAAGUGCUGACCUUAUUCCUGAUGAAUUUAAGGUUAGAGGCUAUGUACCAACCAAACCUGCAUCAUAUAAACCUGAAGUCCAUGAAGCUAUCAAAGAAAUUUUAGCAAUAACAUUUUCCCCACUAUUAGCUGAAGAUUCCAUUAUUUGCCAGCUCCCUGAAUCCUUGAUUGUGACCUGUGAGUUUGAUGUCUUGAGGGAUGAUGGUCUGUUAUACAAGAGGAGACUAGAGGAAAAUGGUGUUCGAGUGACCUGGUAUCAUUGUGAGAACGGCUUCCAUGGAAUUUUAGCCUUUUUUGGCUAUGGGAUUUUUUCCUUUCUAUCUGCAAAUAAGAUAAUGGACAGUAUUGUGAAUUACAUAAACAGUUUAUAGAAGUAUUUUUCAGAAGAAAGAUGCAAGUCAUGCAGUAUGUCUGUGAAUUUAUACUUGGCAAGGGAUAUAAACACCUUUCAUUUAUGGUUUGGAUUUUGACUGCAUUUUGUAGUUUCUGAUUUCUGCUUCUGUAGUGACUCUCAAACAAACGUUAAGAUUAUUUGAAUUUUCUAGUUCAAAUAAUAAUAAUAAGCAUUCUAGAAAAUAUUCUUGUAAAAACACACCAAUAAGACCAGCAUGAAAAAGGCAAUGCAUCCUGUUUGACUAAAAGUACAGCAAUUCCAGU